UGAAGGGAACAGGUUGAAAAGGAGCUAGGGGCUUGUAGAUUCAAAUACUGUUGGUUGCAGGUUGUAACCGGACUUAACACACAAGCUGCACAGCUCAAAAGAGUGGAGAAUGACUUCAGCAGAGGAAGGUCUCAGCGCAGCGUGGGUGCCCAGGGAUCCACUGCCUGAGUGUGGGGAGAGCAGCGGCCGAGACCCCAGAGACAUGAACCACACAAAGGGUGGCCUGGUCAUCUUCACCGCCAACUCACACCCCUCCGGCCGCGAGCUGAGCAAGAGGAUUGCAGAGCGGUUAGGGGUGGAGCUUGGCAAGGUGCAGGUCUACCAGGAAGCCAACAGAGAAACAAGGGUACAGAUCCAGGAGUCGGUGCGAGGCAAAGAUGUCUUUGUGAUUCAGACAGUGUCCAAGGAUGUGAACACCACCAUAAUGGAGAUGCUGAUCAUGGUGUAUGCGUGCAGGACAUCCUGUGCGAGAAGCAUCACGGGAGUCCUCCCCUAUUUCCCCUACAGCAAGCAGUGUAAGAUGAGGAAGAGGGGCUCCAUUGUCUCCAAGCUCAUUGCCUCUAUGAUGUGUAAAGCUGGUCUCACACACCUGAUCACCAUGGACCUCCAUCAGAAAGAGAUUCAAGGUUUCUUCAACAUCCCAGUGGACAAUCUGAGAGCCUCGCCCUUCCUGCUGCAGUACAUACAGGAGGAGAUCCCUGAUUAUAGAAAUGCUGUGAUUGUGGCCAAAUCUCCAGCUUCUGCCAAAAGGGCUCAGUCAUUUGCUGAACGGCUGCGUCUGGGUAUAGCAGUGAUCCACGGUGAAGCUCAGGACGCUGAAUCAGACCAGGUGGAUGGGCGACACUCCCCACCCACCGUCAAGACCACUGGAGCCAUUCAUCCCAGCAUGGAGAUACCAUUGUUGAUCCCUAAAGAGAAACCUCCCAUCACUGUGGUAGGAGAUGUAGGAGGACGCAUCGCCAUCAUAGUGGAUGACAUCAUCGAUGACGUUGACAGUUUUGUGGCAGCAGCGGAGACGCUGAAGGAAAGAGGGGCCUACAAGAUCUACGUCAUGGCCACACACGGCAUCCUCUCCUGCGACGCUCCCAAGUUCAUAGAGGAGUCGGCUAUCGAUGAGGUGGUGGUGACCAACACGAUUCCCCACGAGCUCCAGAAGCUUCAGUGUCCAAAGAUCAAAACGGCUGACAUCAGCAUGAUCCUGUCGGAGGCCAUCCGCCGCAUCCAUAACGGAGAGUCCAUGUCCUACCUGUUCCGCAACAUCGGGGUGGAUGACUGAACAGCCUGUCACACACAUACAGACGAGCACACACACACACACACACACACACACACACACACACACACACACACACAGAGAGAAACAUACUAACACAAUUCCCAUUUGCCUUCGUAGAACUCCCCAGACACACAGAUGAAUUAUACACACAGAAAUAUCAGUUCCUUACUUGUAUCAUUACGCACAAAUAUGAUGCUAAUCCUUUCCUCUGAGUGCAGCUUAACAUAGAAGAUGACUGAACACAAACACACACACACACACACGAGCAAACACUUCCACUUAUCUCCAUAGUUGUGGCUGAACACAUACUGAUCUGUGUCCUAAGUGGACAUUAAUGGACAACUGCCUCUCUCUCCAAUGGCUGCCCUCUUGUCAAACAGUACACAACUACCUUCUUUAGUUACUUCUCCAACUUCAUCUUCAAAAUGUUUUUUCUCCAUAUGUGUUUCCGUUGAAAUUAACGUUGAUGUUAAAUCUGUGGUAGAACAUGAUAUUUGUUGGCAUUGAAUGUCUUUUUCUGAUACUUUUGGUAAAGGAGAUUGUACUGCAAGUGUGCCAGUGCCUUCUACAGGACAUACUCACAAACACACAGGCCUUCAUCACUCCGAUACACAACUGGGUCUCAGCUAACGUUACUGAUUCAUAUUGGCCCUUGUAAUUAAUCCAGGAUUAUGCAGGGUUAUAGCUGAUUAACUUGUGUAGAAUAUCAGAGUUCAUGUUUAAAUACAAACCCCUGUCAGUUUUUUGUUUGUUUAUGUUGUGUCUAAAUAUAUGCUACUAAUAUAGUUAGUUUAGACUCCCACUAGUUAGCCCAGUUAGCCAUACAGCGUCUGUGUGGUUGCCAUAGCACUUAGAUUUUAAUCUGGUGUCAAAUCUACUAAUUACAAAAGUUGAACUGGAAUUAAUGCAGGACAUAUUUUCUCAGUCUAGUAAAUUGGAUGCUACAAACCUUUUUAUGGCAGUGCACCUGUGAAAUAUGUUUCCAUGAGUCAUCCAUAAUAACGUUGUGUGCCAUCUUUUCAUUGCCUCCUCAUAUUUGUUGUUUGUUCAUGCCACAAAUGAGCAGUUCCCUUCCAGCUGCAGGGCUCUGCAGCAAAGAAACUCAGAGGUUUCAACAAAAAAAAAAAAAGAAAAAAAAAAAAGGUCAACACAGUUUUACUCUCUAGUUGGGAGUGGAAGGUUCUUAAUCAUUUGGAAAUGUGUAAAUUAAUCCUUGAUCCUGCGAUCAUGGUGAAAGAGUCAGAAGAAGUUUGUUAAAACGUGUGAUACCUGAGUUUCAGACAAUGAAAUUCCAAAUUGCAGCUGAAGCUGUCAAAGUAAAUUGAAGCUUUUUUCUGACAAGCAAAACCUGACUGAAGCAGGUCUUUGUCACUUUACCAGAUGUGUUCCAGAAAUGUUUUGUAUUUAUUUUCAGCACUUAAUCUGAAUAAAUGAUCUAUGAAAAUAA